AUGUGGAAGGCAUGGGCGAGACCAGUAGUAGAUCCUGCUAACCUUAGUGAUGUCUCGCAGCCCGACACGCCCUCUCGCUCGCCCGACCUAGAGGCCGACGACGUGGACUCCGUCAAGAGCUUCGGGUCGGUGUCGUCGGCCAUCAGCUGCGACGCCGCCUUCGCCUUCGGCCGCGGGUCCUCGUCGGCGUCGUCCCAGUCCUACAUGGGCCACUACCAGAGCCCCUACGCCUACCGCCACACCGCCGCCCACGCCCACCACACCGCCUCCACCGGGUCGUCCAACUCGACGUGCGGCGGGGGCGGCGGAGGCGGAGGGAAGGGCGGCGGAGGAGGAGGGAGGAACGUCAAGUACGCCCUCCACUGCCCUCACAACCACGACAACGACCCCGAGAACUACCUGACGCCCACGCAGCGCGCCGCCAGGAGGAUCCGGGAACUCAAGAGCCAGCUGGCGGAGGCGCGGCGCGAGGUGCACGUGCGCGACGCCGAGAUCUCCCGGCUGACGCGCGAGCUGGUCGAGCUGCGGCUCCUGAAGGCCAGGGCGCCGCAGCGGGACGAGGACGAGCCGCAGGCCAACGCAUCCGCCGCCGGCCAGAAUGCCCUUGUCUCGGAGGCGACCCCCGCCCGCGACAGUGGCGCUCACAAACGCCUGUCGGUCGAGGGCGACGCUGCGUCAUCGUCUUCGUCAGCACACACGCCCAAGACCUCCGCCACGCCCUCGGAGGGAAGCGAGCCCGAACUGAGUCGCCUCAUGGACAACUUGGCUAUUGGAGGACCAGGAGAUUCGGGCAGCGCCCACGCCGCUGCGGAGUCGCCCGCGGCUGGCUCCGUCGCCGAAACCACCGCCGAUUCCGUCGACCUCACGCGCUCGCUGGCGGACUCCGGCCACUACGAGGACCUCACGUCACCCUGCCUCUCGUCCAAGGACCCAUUCGAGCAGCCGAGGCAGCGCUCACUCAGGGGCAGACGUCUGGGUGGCGUCGGCGAUGAGGAUGAGGACGAGGAUGAUGACAACGACGUGGAGGAGGUGGCGGUGGAGGUCGACCCGUGGACGGCCCUGGAGGAGGCUGAGGCGCGGCUGCGGGAUUACGAGCGGCGGGAGGACCAGCUUAAGAGGAACCACAUGGACGAAUACCACGAGCUCAAGGAGAAGCACAAUGACCGUGUCGAGUCACUGCUCUCCAAGCUCAGUGAUGCUAAUCUCAAAUACUUUGAACUCCGGCCCAUGUAUGAUAGAAGCCAGGAGAAGAUCCGGGAGCUGGAGCGUGAGGCUGCCAAGCUGAAGGACGAGCUGACUGAGGCCGAACUGCGCCACCAGAAGAUGUACCUCCAGAUGUUCCUCAAGGGGCAGCAGGCGGCCAAGCUGCAAGCAGAUGAUGACCAGGAUGGAGAGGAUGAGAGUCAGUCGUCGCAAUCCUCUGGGGGGCCCAUGGUUGACCUGAUGAAGCAGUUGGCACGAACAGAGGAAGAGCUCGAGAAGAUAAAGGGUGUUUCCUUCUUGCCUCCCUCACUGUCCUCCCCUGGGUUGCGAGGCCUUCCAUUGGCUUCUCUUGGUGCACCAAAGGCAGCUCUGUUGGAUGGUAAACAGGCAAUCAGUCUGUACUUCCAGGGACGGAGACAGGUGCGUACUCUGCCUGUCUAGCUGUACACAAACAUG